ACCAGGGUUGAAGUUAAAUAAACAGUUAUCAAUCAUGCUCUGCAAAAAAAUUAUAAAAAGGAAUUGCUCUCAACGCACGCAUGCAAAUAACAACUGCUUCCAGGAACCGCGAUAGCUUCCAGAUAUCCUAUCCUGAUAUAAGGGAUGAUGACUUCAACUGUGGUCUUUGUCUUGUUGGCUGUACUAAAACAGACAAAUGGCCAUUUUGACCCAGGACCUAAUAUUGCUAAAGGUGGAAACGUGAUUCAGUCCUCCCUGGGGUGGAAUGGCGUCGCUGAAAGGGCCAUUGAUGGAAAUCGUGCUAGCCUUUAUGGACAGGAUUCCUGCACCCACACACAAAACGAUGUAAAACCAUGGUGGAGACUGGACCUCCUGAAGACAUAUAAAAUCAACACUGUCACCAUCACCAAUAGAAAAGAUUGUUGCCCUGAAAGACUCAAUGGUGCUGAGAUCCGCAUUGGUAAUUCCCUCAAUGACCAUGGCAACGGUAAUCCCAGAUGUGCUGUUAUCUCGUCUAUCGCAGCUGGGAGCUCCGACACCUUCACGUGUAAUGGAAUGGAAGGUCGUUAUGUAAACAUUGUGAUUCCUGGAAGAAAAGAUUGUUGCCCUGAAAGACUCAAUGGUGCUGAGAUCCACAUUGGUAAUUCCCUCAAUGACAAUGGCAACGGUAAUCCCAGAUGUGCUGUUAUCUCGUCGAUCACAGCUGGGAGCUCCGACACCUUCAAGUGUAAUGGGAUGGAAGGUCGUUAUGUUAACAUUGUGAUUCCUGGACGACAAGAAUACCUGACACUGUGUGAGGUGGAAGUCACUGGGAUAAAUACAGAUGAUUCCACUGAAUAUGUUUGUGGCUGAGUCUGAAGUAAUUCUUCAAUUCAUCUCCACUUCAUUUUAACGCUAAUCUUUUCCAGUUUCAACCUCUUUUGCUUCAAUAGAAUAUUUAUAGUUAUGCUCAAUGGCAUUAGAUCUUUUCCAUCAAUAACAUAUUCAUACAAUGA